AUGAAGUCGAAUAUAUUACUAGCUUUCUUACUUUUGAUUAUUAAAUUGAACAAUGCAUCGCCUAUUACCAGUGAACAAUUGGAAGCAAUUAUGCCACGUUGUGCUCAUCCAGAAUAUUUGGAGUACAUGAAUAGUGCCAUGACCGAAGGUCAAAUCGACACAUGUGCUCGACAAGCUGCUUUCCUGGCGCAAGUCGCUCAUGAAAGUGGCGAACUUGUCUAUAUGGAGGAAUUGGCUAGUGGCGAGAAAUAUGAGGGUCGGCGUGAUCUAGGAAAUACUCAGCCAGGCGAUGGUAAGAAAUAUAAAGGACGUGGCCCGCUUCAACUGACAGGUCGUGCUAACUAUCGAGCAGCAGGAUUAGCGCUCGGUCUCAAUCUCGAAGAAAAUCCUGAACAAGUUGCAACACCAUCAGUUGGCUUUCGAACAUCAGUGUGGUUUUGGACAACUCAUAAACUUAACUAUCUUGCUGAUCAAAAUACCCUACCAGCUUUCCGAAAAAUUACGAAAAUAAUAAACGGUGGCAAAAAUGGACGGGCUCAUCGAGAAAAGUACUGGAAAACAGCUAAAAACACUCUUGACUGUGCAGCAGCAACAACUAAAACUACCUCAUCGCCAGCACCAACACAUGCACCACUUGUCACAGAACCACAGGCACAAAGUACACAAUCACGUGAGAUCACAUCUUUCCCAACAGAUAUGCCAGCGUCUGAGUCAACAUCAAUGAGUAGUUCAGCACCCAUUGCGUCGACACCAAUUACGUUGACGGUCGUUGUGACGCUUCCUGAUGUAUCUACACCAGAUGUAACAAUUCCUGACUUAACAACACCGGCCGUAACGUUACCAGAUGUAUCCACACCAGAUGUAACAAUUCCUGACUUAACAACACCAGCUGUAACGCUACCUGAUGUAUCUACACCAGAUGUAACAAUUCCUGACCUAACAACACCGGCCGUAACGUUACCAGAUGUAUCUACACCAGAUGUAACAAUUCCUGACCUAACAACACCGGCCGUAACGUUACCUGAUGUAUCCACACCAGAUGUAACAAUUCCUGACUUAACAACACCGGCCGUAACGUUACCAGAUGUAUCUACGCCAGAUGUAACAAUUCCUGACCUAACAACACCGGCCGUAACGUUACCUGAUGUAUCCACACCAGAUGUAACAAUUCCUGACCUAACAACACCGUCCGUAACGUUACCAGAUGUAUCUACGCCAGAUGUAACAAUUCCUGACUUAACAACACCGGCCGUAACGUUACCAGAUGUAUCUACACCAGAUGUAACAAUUCCUGACCUAACAACACCGGCCGUAACGUUACCUGAUGUAUCCACACCAGAUGUAACAAUUCCUGACUUAACAACACCGGCCGUAACGUUACCAGAUGUAUCUACGCCAGAUGUAACAAUUCCUGACCUAACAACACCGGCCGUAACGUUACCUGAUGUAUCCACACCAGAUGUAACAAUUCCUGACCUAACAACACCGUCCGUAACGUUACCAGAUGUAUCUACGCCAGAUGUAACAAUUCCUGACUUAACAACACCGGCCGUAACGUUACCAGAUGUAUCUACACCAGAUGUAACAAUUCCUGACCUAACAACACCCGUCGUAUCCACGCCAAUAGCCUCUACAACACCGGUAGUAACAGAUGAACCGAUCGCAUCAUCAACAUUCGCGUCAGAAACAACAGUGCCAGUGGUAACGGAGCCGUCUGUACCAACUGAUAUUCCAACAGAUAGUCCUGAUCCAGAUCCAUCAAUCGACGAUGGUGGCAAUGUUGACGGAACAGACAAUGAUGGGAGUAAACGUCGAAGACGGCAUAUCGUGAUGAUAAGUGGACAACGUCUAGCUCGAGAUGCUUCACGUAACUUCAUUCAUUGA